UCUACCUUUGAAUUAUCUCGCAUCAGGAUUUAUCCAACAAUUUGAAUAGUUAUUAUACUUAUCGACUGCAAUUCUUUAGCUGAUUAUUAGAAUUAAAUCUAUUUAAUUUUAAUAAUCAUAUUCAUAUUCAAGAUGGAUUGUCAAAAGAACAAGUAUAACAUCAGUGUUGUAAUAAAACCUAGAAUAGGACCAAUUCCUGAAAGUGUCCAUCGACUACCUGAUAUCGAAGGCUUAACGCAGGAUGAAAUGAAUAGAAAAUCAACUUCUGAUAGAAGAAAACGGCGCAUAGCUCACGUGCCAAAAUACCCACCGAUCAUAAAAAAGCCAGUUAUUCCGGUUUCCGAGGAACCAAAAAAAAAGAAUGCCACUAAAAAAUCAGUUGAACCAGCUGUACCGAAGGAGACAGAGAAAAAAGAAAUAAUACUAGCCAGUUCAGAACUGAAUAAGUAUAUGGCCCGACCUAUAAAAGUGAGAACAAUACCAACAGUCGAUGUCCCUUGGGCAUACCAGGGACCAUCGAACUCUAAUCGAACAAACAAGAGAAAAGCUGAACUGGAGAAUUUCAACAACAAAAAACAAUUUGAAAUUCGGCUUUUCUUCAUCGCAUGUAUAUUGUUUUUCGAAUGUCUUCUACACAUUGUAUAUCGGUUGUACUUCAAGGCUUGGCAGGUCAGAACAUCAGAACAUAAGGCAACGUUUUCUGCUAAGAAAACCCUUAUCCAAAGUAAAUUUCGCAGUGAAAUGGGUUUAUUGGUAGAUAUCGUGUUGCAAGGAUAUGGUACUACCAAUAAUGGCAACAUGGCUAGAACUUUUUUUAAAAAUGCAUUUCAGUCAUCAGCAAUUACUGGCAUAGACUAAUUAAUAGGUUUGGCAAUAUUUUAUCAUGUAUUGCUAGUGGAUACAAAAUGAAACAAACGCAUUCGAAAAUUAUGGUAUCGAAACUGCAAGAAAUAUUGUCAAACUAUACCUAUUGUUUUAUAUGCCCCCUUCAGAACAUAAAAUUCUAAUUCACGGAGCGGAUAUCAUUCGCUAUGCAAUUCUUCCGAUAGGACAACUUUCAGAAGAUGCCCAGGAAUCGCGUAACAAAGAUUAUAUAACAUUUCGACGACAUAAUACUAGGAAAAUAUCCAGAAUAAUGACGAUAACGGAUUUCCUUCACAUUUUAUUAAUAUCAUUCGAUCCUUUUAUUUCUUCGAUUCGACAAAUAAAAAAUAAUAUUAAAUUUGAAAAUUCCCCUGAAGUAAAAUCACUUCUCAUAAUAUCUGAUUCCGAUUAUAAUAGUGAA